AUGGGCUUCAAGAUUGGCAACAUCUACGUGAUCACGGCCGUGGCCGUCAUUGGCGGCGGUCUGUUCGGUUUCGACAUUUCUUCUAUGAGCGCCAUCAUUAGCACUCCAGCCUAUCUCUGCUACUUCAACCAAGGUCCAAAUGGUCCUGGCUACCCUGGAAGGCAAGAUGAAUGCUCUGGACCAACGGCUUCCGUUCAAGGUGGCAUUACAGCUGCCAUGCCAGCUGGGUCUUGGCUCGGUGCUCUUGUCUCUGGCUAUCUGUCUGACAUCUUCGGUCGCAAGAAGUCCAUCAUGAUCGGCUGUAUCAUCUGGGUUAUUGGCUCCACUAUCAUCUGUGCCUCGCAGAACAUUGGCAUGCUCAUCGCCGGCCGUAUAAUCAAUGGCUUCUGCGUGGGUAUUGAAUCUGCGCAAGUUCCAGUCUAUGUCUCUGAGAUCGCACCACCUUCCAAGCGAGGUCGACUGGUCGCCUUCCAGCAAUGGGCUAUCACAUGGGGCAUUCUGAUUCUCUACUACAUCUCGUACGGCGCUUCCUUCGUUGGUGGCGACACCCCAACCACCUAUUCCACCAGCGCCUUUCGCAUUCCAUGGGGUCUCCAGAUGCUCCCGGCCGUGCUCCUCUUCUUCGCCAUGAUGUUCUUGCCAGAGUCACCACGUUGGCUGGCCCGCAAGGACCGCUGGGAAGACUGCCAUUCUGUGUUGACUCUCGUACACGGCAAAGGCAACCCCGAUAGCCCACUGGUCCAGCAAGAGCUGAGCGACAUUCGCGAGAUGGCCGAGUUCGAGGCACGCAAUGCCGAUGUCACGUACUGGGAGCUGCUCACGCCCAAGCUCAUCAACCGCACUCAUAUUGGUGUAUUUACCCAGAUCUGGUCUCAGCUUACCGGAAUGAACGUGAUGAUGUACUACAUCACCUACGUCUUCUCCAUGGCUGGCUACUCCGGCAAUGCAAACCUCCUGGCUUCGUCUAUUCAAUACAUCAUCAACGUCCUGAUGACAGUGCCGGCAUUGAUCUGGCUCGAUCGCUGGGGUCGCCGCCCAACCAUGAUCGUCGGUGCUACUCUGAUGAUGACAUGGAUGUUCGCCAACGCAGGCAUCCUCGCCGCCCAUGGAGAAGUCGUCGAGGGAGGCGUUGACGGAAUCGCAGCUGUCAGCAUGCGUCUGACCGGCGCACCAGCCAAGGGCCUCAUCGCCUGCACAUAUCUCUUCGUCGCCAGCUUUGCGCCAACUUGGGGACCGGUCUCCUGGGUCUACCCACCAGAACUCUACCCUCUCCGCGUCCGCGGCAAAGCCGUCGCCCUCUCCACAUCCGCCAACUGGGCCUUCAAUACCGCCCUCGGCGCCUUCGUCCCCCCCUCCUUCGUCAACAUCCGCUGGAAGACCUACAUCGUCUUCGGCGUCUUCUGCCUCUGCAUGCUCAUCCACGUUAUAAUCGCCUUCCCCGAGACCGCCGGCAAGACGCUGGAAGAAGUCGCGGAGAUCUUCGAGGAUCCCAACGGGCCCAAGUAUAUCGGCACCCCGGCCUGGAAGACCAAGGUCGAGUAUCGUAGGGCUGUCGCAUUGGAGCAUGGCGAGCUGGAUCUGAAGAAGCAUAAGAUGGAGGAUCAUUCGCCGGAGAGGGUGGAGCAUUCUGCUGAGGAGAAGGUUUGA